CGGAAAAUCGAUUUGGGACAACAGUUGUCUGUGACCAAGAAUCGUGUUAACAACAGUCUCAAGUACACAACCACCGGUAAACGGCCAGCAAUGAACUCCCUUCUUCUCAUCGGAGGAGUUUUGGUAGUGCUGAAUGUCCAGGCGUUGUUGCAGUUCGUAACAGCGGCCGAUAAUAACGAGUCAGUGAUUGAAUCCUGCAGUAACGCUGUGCAGGGCGCCGCCAAUGACGAACUAAAGGUACAUUAUCGGGCAAACGAGUUUCCCGAUGAUCCUGUGACACAUUGCUUCGUGCGUUGCAUCGGACUCGAGCUGAAUCUCUACGACGAUAAGUAUGGAGUCGAUUUGCAAGCAAACUGGGAAAAUCUGGGGAACAGUGAUGAUGCGGACGAGGAGUUCGUAGCGAAGCAUCGUGCCUGUCUAGAAGCUAAGAAUCUGGAAACAAUCGAAGAUCUGUGCGAAAGAGCAUACAGUGCUUUCCAAUGUUUGAGGGAAGACUAUGAAAUGUAUCAGAAUAACAAUAACGCCACAAGCGAAUGCAUAUAACAGAAUAAUAUACAUUAGGCACAUCACCCUUUGUCGUCAAACAGCAUAAACUAAACGGAAUAAAAGUCCCAGAUAUUUGGAAAUAAAGUCAUGCAAAUAAAUUUA